GAGUGCACGGAAAAUUUUAUGGUUCAGGUUACAGAAGAAAUUGGGCAGCGGUGCGGGAGGGCAGAAAAAGCCCCAGUCGCGGGCUCCCACCUACUGCGGGUCCGGUGGGCAGUUUCCGUGGCUUUCCUGGACCCGAUGCCGUGACGCUAUCCCCAGUAUCCUAAAGGGUUCAAUCUCUUUCUAUUGGUUGCAUAUUACGGAUGACGCUGAGGGCCAUAAGGCGAACUACGCGGCCGAGUUCCUACGUUCGGCUCCGGGUCACCGCCGCGACCGGUUACAUCUACGCGUUAGAAGCGGGGACAGUUAGCAGAUCUCCCUAGAUGUUUCUUUGUUUCUGACGGGUGUGUGAAAGCUGGGUGCCGGGGACUCACGCCCCGUCCCAUGAGAGCUGUCCCUUCCCGCUCCGCUUCACAGUCACCCCUGGCAACCUCCAGGCGCCGGAGACCCGCCCCUUUAGAGAGAGCCUGAGCCCGGGCCAUCUUUGUUUCUCGCGCCCUCCCGCGGUGCCGGCGAAACGAACAUGGCCCAUGCUGCACGGGUUCUCUGGCCCAGCGGGCGCGCCCUGGCCUGGAGACUGGGCGGUCGUCCCUCUCUAAGACUCCCCGAGCAGAGCCGGGCGGGCUUCACCGGAGCGGCGGGAGGCCCAGGCCCCACCGCCACCACCCGCAAGGGGGGCCCACGGCUCCUGGGGGCGGCAGCACUGGCCUUGGGGGGCGCCCUGGGGCUGUACCACACCGUGCGGUGGCACCUUCGCGCCCAGGACCUCCGAGCGGAGCGCACAGCCGCGCAGCUCUUGCUGUCCAGCCGCCUGCAGCUGACUCUAUACCAGUACAAGACGUGUCCAUUCUGCAGCAAAGUCCGCGCCUUCCUCGACUUCCACGCCCUGCCCUACCAGGUGGUGGAGGUGAACCCUGUCCGCAGGGCCGAGAUCAAGUUCUCCUCCUACAGGAAGGUGCCCAUCCUGCUGGCCCAGGAAGGAGACAGCUUGCAACAACUGAAUGACUCCUCUGUCAUCAUCAGCGCCCUCAAGACCUACCUGGUGUCAGGGCAGCCCCUGGAAGACAUCGUCACCUACUACCCGCCCAUGAAGGCUGUCAACGAGCAGGGCAAGGAGGUGACCGAGUUCUGCAACAAAUACUGGCUCAUGCUGGAUGAGAAGGAGGCCCAGCGGAUGUACGGUGGAAAGGAGGCGAGGACAGAGGAGAUGAAGUGGCGGCAGUGGGCAGAUGACUGGCUGGUGCACCUGAUCUCCCCCAACGUGUACCGCACGCCGGCCGAGGCCCUGGCCUCCUUCGACUACAUUGUCAAGGAGGGCAAUUUCGGGACGGUGGAGGGCGCCAUGGCCAAGUACAUGGGCGCAGCUGCCAUGUACCUCAUCAGCAAGCGGCUCAAGAGCAGGCACCACCUCCAGGAUGACGUCCGCGAGGACCUCUACGAGGCUGCCAACAAGUGGGUGGCAGCUGUGGGCAAAGACCGGCCCUUCAUGGGGGGCCAGAAGCCGAACCUGGCUGAUUUGGCGGUGUACGGCGUGCUGCGGGUGAUGGAGGGCCUGGAGGCCUUCGAGGACCUGAUGCGUCACACUCACAUCCAGCCCUGGUACCUGCGGGUGGAGAAAGCCAUCGCCGAGGCUGUCCAGUGAGCUGAGCAUCCCCACCAGGAGGAGGCGGAAGACAGUGGAGGAUGCCGGCCGUGGGGCACAGGGCGAUGCUGUGAGGCUGGGCAGUGGGGGAUGGGGUCAUCUGGCCUCUUGUGCACCCCCCCCACCCCCAGACCUCUCACUUCCAACAAAGGACAUUUGCUGGGGCCCUGGGAUGCUGGGGGACGAAGCCCAAGCUUGGUUUCCAUUCACAGCCACCUCCCCGCGCACACAGGCACAGAAGGCUACCUCCCCCACCCCCCACUGCCCCCUCUCUGGGGGAACCCCAACCCUCCCUGACCACCCCCCCUUCCCCACCCCCUCCUGGGUCUCCCUGCUGUCAGCCUGCUCUGGGGCUCUCAGGGCUGUGCUGUCUGUGCCCCGUGGAUGGGAACUGGGUUGGGCUCCCGCCCAGGCAAGGGAAAUGGGGUUUGUCUGGUUUGGGGAGGCCCCAAGCCUGGCUCCCUUGUUCCUGCUCCUUCCAGGUGCCCCCUGGACUGUGUGUCAUGUUUGCAAUAAAGAGAUUGGCCGCUCCCCACGUGGCGGCCCCUCUGC